AUGUAUCAUUCACAGAUUUUCCUUUUCAGCCAAUCCCCAGCCAUUCAAGCCACCAUGCUGGGGCGAGGAGCUCCAUUACUGGGGUCUCUGCUACGCCGCAACUUUUCGACGUCCCGAGUCAUCCGCAGCGGUAAGCGACUGAAUCUCACGCUGUAUGCGUCUCCGAUUCUUCUAAGACUGCACCCCGACACGGUGCAGCGCCAAAUGCCAUCGCUGGCACAAGAAAAUGAAGAGGCACUCAAGCAACUCAAUGUUUUCUUGGAACUCGCCGCUUUUGGCUGCAAUAACGACGCGUUUAAUGCUCGUAAACACGUUUUGGCGCUAAGAGAGAGUCGUCAAGUCAUUUCAGAGGAACCAGUGCGAUUUCCGCUGGUUUUUCACGUCCCAGUGGACGAGAUCGAGGCUCUGGAGCAUGUGGAUGGAUUCAUUCGAGUUGAGUACACUAUUGAGGUCCCUGGUCGACUAGUGAAGCGCACGCUGUCUAAUUUUGGACUGUCGAUAAGUGCUCGUGAUCCGAAGGCUGCAUUGCAAGCACCUUUUGCGCGGGAGUGGCAGCGCACGACGAAACGAAUUCUGCAGGACCUGUUCGAGGCGGCACACGUGCCACUUGUUGUGACAGAAGAGGACAAUGUGAGAACAAGUGCGCUGGCGGAGUGGCUAGCAGAGGAAGCUACGGUUGUAGACCAGGCAGAUCUGCAUGGCAUCCAUGUCGGAGAACAAAACCGAGCUAAGAAACGGGAGCAUGAACAGUUUGAUAAAAUUUACCACGCGAUGCUCACACACGAAACGAAUAUCGUGCAUGAAGCAACGACAGGCUUGGAAGACGGACCGACAACGCAACACGCUGUGCUGACAAGCUUACUUCACUCGAGACUUUUCCUGCCAAAAUUUCGUGACCCGCAUAUGAAAAAUAGUGCGUUCCAUUGGAUCGCCAACUUUUUGCUUGUCAAUUUUAUGGAACUACGUCUGCACAGUCUCGUGUGGAACAAAGUCACGCUUUUGGUUACUGCCGAUACGGACGUUAAAGAGCCUCAAGUAUCUUGGGACGAAGAAGCUCCGGAGGAGGGAAUGGGGAUCCUCGUUCCCGUUGGCAUGGACGCCGAUACACUGAUCGAUUUCAUGUAUGAAAACGUGGAAGACCUGGAGUUUGCGCUAGAAACGAAAUCUUUCCGGGAUCAAGCAAUAGCCAAGGAAAAGCAAAGAUUUCAACGAAAGAUGAAGAAAAAGAAGGGAAAACAGAGACGAACAGGCCAUUUUUAUCAGGAUGAGGUGAAUGCAAUUUUUCGGAGAGCAUGA